AUGUCGCCAAUCCCGAACGACCUUCCCAUGACCUACACCUACAUGGCCAGCAUCCGCUGCCAGCUUCUGCGUCGCCGGGGCACUGAUAUGGAGGGCCGAGUAAUGAUCUUUUGUGAUCAUUACGCAUACGGCAAGUGCGCUGCCAAGUGGGCACAAAUGGGUCAGGAGAAGUACGUCAAUGCUGGCAAGCUCCGCUGCGGGUGCGGCUACAAGUACUCCGAUGAAAGCCUUGGCCGCGCCUCGCGAGAGGGUUGUCAAGUCCGAGUAAUUCUCGGGCUUGCAGGGAAAGAAGGCUGGGCUGGCCGGGCCUUCUUUCCCUGGGACCGCGGAGGAUUCCGCGAAGGGGAAUCAGAUUCCCAUCACACGCAGUAUAAUGCCGCUUACACCACGUCGCAGCAGAGCGAACAUCCAACAAAGUAUCAGUCACGCAGCCUCUCCGGAGAUCAAUUGGGUCUACUCGCGCAGAAUCCGCGUCCGAGCGGUGGCAAUCCCCGAGUUGUCGACUACUCCAAGUUGACGAACUCCACGACUUCCAACAUUCGAGAGAUGGGUGCUGCACCUCAGAUCUCGGGUUGCGAACUUCCGGUACACCGACGUCAAGCUCCCUGCUCGCCCAGUAGGCGUCACCAUCAACACGUGCACGAACCAGUCGACGACAACGGACAUGGAUGGCGCCGCUUCGCCGAACCAAAAGACAUCCACCACCACUUGCGAUGGACUGAGUUCUGGUGGACUUCAGAUUGA